AUGCCACACGUUGGAGCGAUUGUUACCAGUCAAAAUUUGACAAAUACAGCAAGCUUUUUGCCACCUGAUAUAAUCGGUUGGGAAAAGCGGAAUACUGUUUUAAUGCAUCCAGAAACAAUGGCUAAACUUCACGUAUCACCUCGUGGACCUUGCUGGUUAACAAAUAUUGAUGCUAAUUGUAACAAGAGUGCUGCUAAUGCACAAUGCGUAACAGUUUGGCCAUGUGAUGAGGUCAAAGAAAUGCAUAUUUUCUUUCAAAAAGCUCGAGUUUGUGUGAAGUAUCGGUUAAUUGUUGUGGGUAUCGAAAACAUUAAAAAUGUUUCAACUAUACAAUUACACCCGUCAUCUGGAAGGCAUUUUUUGCCCAUUUAUGCCAAAAAACAUUUCUGUGAUUAUAUGGCGGUUUAUCUAUCGAAUGGAUAUUUAGGAAUCAGUGUACCGGUACACGUUUAUUAUUAUGGACAAGAGCACAGCUUCGAAAUUGUGUUAUCGGAAACGGAAAUGUUGAAAAUGCUGAAAAUUUCAUCUGACUUAUCAUCAGUCAUGUUGCUAAGGCCCAAACUGGAUUGCACUUAUCACGUGGUUGAUAAUACGGCAGCAGCAACUAGUUCCUCUCCUCUCACUUUUGAAGAGUUUGGUGGGGCGGAAAAUGCUAAGAAGGAAAUUGAAGAAGCUUUGAUAAAACCAUUAAAAGUAGGAAAAGAAGCAUGUUCAGUGAUUUUAUCAGGAUAUACAGGAUGUGGAAAAACGUUGUUUUUGCGUAUAAUACAAGAGUAUUUACGAGAUAAAGCUCUUUGGUUGUCGAAGAGAGAAUUCGAAGAUUUCCUCGAGAAUGGCGCAGUAAAUUACGACCAGAAGAUGGCGUUGCUGGUGGAUGAUUUUGACAAUAUGAAGCAGUACAAUGAAAAGCUAUGCAAUUUUAUGGAUACAUAUACGAAUUUCUCAUUCGUAUUAGCUGUACGUAAUGUCGAAGCCAUUGGCCUGCCAUUAAGAGGAAGAUUUCCGUGUGAAGUAGAAUUACUGGUGCCAUCACUACCAGAAAGGAUGGAAAUUCUACGUUUGUUACUCAAAAGGAAGCAGUUAAAAUUGUCCUCAUCCGAAGAACUGAUAAAAGAUAUUGCUCAGAAAAGUCACGGUUAUACGGGUGGUGAUUUAAAAGCAGUUGUUCAUCGCGUCUGUGCUAAUUUUGAAUCCACCGGUGAUAAGAAUGAAUUAUUUCAUUGUUUCGAUAUUGCUUUGAAGCGCGUACGUCCAACGGGUAUUCGGCAGUUUGUGCUUCAGGUACCUGAUGUCAAUUGGGAAGACAUUGGAGGGAAUCGGGAAUUAAAGAUGAAAAUUGAACAGGCAAUUUUGUGGCCGUAUCGAUAUCCGGAAAUUUUCGAGCGUUUCGCUUCGAAACCUCCAUCCGGCAUACUGUUAUACGGACCACCCGGUUGCAGCAAAACCUUAAUAGCACGAGCAAUUGCAUCACAGUCACACAUGAACUUUUUAGCAGUAAAAGGACCAGAAUUGUUCAGUAAAUGGGUUGGGGAAUCGGAAAGAGCUGUACGAGAGCUUUUUAGGCGAGCUCGGCAGGUAGCUCCAGCUAUUAUCUUUUUUGAUGAAAUCGAUGCAGUAGGUGCAAAUCGGGGGAAUCGAAGUGAGAGUCAUGUUGGUGAACGCGUACUGACACAGUUACUCACCGAGCUUGAUGGUUUGGAGGAAAAAGGCGAUGUGUUGGUGCUAGCAGCGACCAAUCGACCCGACAGAUUAGACAGUGCAUUGCUUAGGCCAGGCAGAUUUAAUCUCACUAUUCAUGUUCCUUUGCCAGACGAAGAGACUAGGCUUGAAAUUUUGCGCAUUCGAUUGAAUCAAAUGAAAGUUAGUGUUGAUUUGGAUGUGGAAGAUAUAGGUAGAAGGACCAAAGGGUUCUCUGGUGCUGAAGUGGUUGAACUUUGUGAUCAGGCCGUACGUGAAGCGUUACUCGAGAAUAGAGAUGCUGACAAGCUUGAAUUUCGACAUUUCCAUCAAGCAUUGAACGAAAUUAUGCCGCGAACUCCAAACUGGCUGUUGAGUAUUUAUAAAGAAUUUAAAGGAGGUGCUAAUUAG